CGAGUCGGAAGCUUGUGCGCGGCCGCCGCCGCCGCCGCCGAGCCGGCCAGGGCUCUCCGAGAGCGCGCGGGACUUGCUGCAGCUGCGGCCGGGCGGCGGCGCAGCCGGGCGGGAGCGGAGCUGCCCAAGCCCCUGCCGGGGCCCGGACUAGGUCGCUGCGUUGCCCGCUCUCUUGAAAAGCUCGCAGGGCUGGGGCUGAUCGCGACUGGAACGGCGGGAGCAUCCUCGCAGCUUGCCCCGGCUUGGCCGCGUCCCGGAGUGGUCGGGCAUGGAGCCCUGGAGGCAGUGCGCGCAGUGGCUCAUCCACUGCAAGGUGCUGCCCGCCAACCACCGGGUGACCUGGGACUCGGCGCAGGUGUUCGACCUGGCGCAGACCCUCCGCGAUGGAGUCCUGCUCUGCCAGCUCCUCAACAACCUCCGGGCGCACUCCAUCAACCUGAAGGAGAUCAACCUGAGGCCGCAGAUGUCCCAGUUUCUUUGUUUGAAGAACAUAAGGACAUUCCUCACGGCUUGUUGUGAGAUAUUUGGAAUGAGAAAGAGUGAACUCUUUGAGGCAUUUGAUCUGUUUGAUGUCCGUGACUUUGGAAAGGUUAUAGAAACAUUAUCCCGGCUUUCCCGCACCCCUAUAGCACUGGCUACAGGAAUCAGGCCUUUCCCAACAGAAGAAAGCAUUGAUGAUGAAGACAUCUACAAAGGCCUUCCGGAUUUAAUAGAUGAAACCCAUGUGGAAGAUGAAGAAGGUCUCUAUGACUGUGUGUAUGGAGAAGAUGAAGGUGGUGAAGUCUAUGAAGACUUAAUGAAAGCAGAGGAAGCACAUCAACCUAAAUGUCCAGAAAAUGACAUACGAAGUUGUUGCUUAGCAGAAAUUAAGCAGACAGAAGAAAAAUAUACAGAGACCUUGGAGUCAAUAGAAAAAUAUUUCAUGGCACCACUAAAAAGAUUUCUGACUGCAGCAGAAUUCGACUCAGUAUUCAUUAACAUUCCUGAACUUGUAAAAGUUCAUCGGAAUUUAAUGCAAGAGAUUCAUGAUUCAAUUGUAAAUAAAAAUGACCAGAACUUGUAUCAAGUUUUCAUUAACUACAAGGAAAGGUUGGUUAUUUAUGGGCAAUAUUGCAGUGGAGUGGAGUCUGCCAUCUCUAGUUUAGACUACAUUUCUAAGACAAAAGAAGAUGUCAAACUGAAAUUAGAGGAAUGUUCCAAAAGAGCCAAUAAUGGGAAAUUCACUCUUCGAGAUUUGCUUGUGGUUCCUAUGCAACGUGUUUUAAAGUACCACCUGCUCCUCCAAGAACUGGUCAAACAUACAACAGAUCCUGUGGAGAAGGCAAAUCUAAAACUGGCUCUUGAUGCAAUGAAGGACUUGGCACAAUAUGUGAAUGAAGUGAAGAGAGAUAAUGAGACCCUUCGUGAAAUUAAACAGUUUCAGCUAUCUAUAGAAAACUUGAACCAACCAGUAUUGCUCUUUGGAAGACCUCAGGGAGAUGGUGAAAUCCGAAUAACCACUCUAGACAAGCAUACAAAACAAGAAAGGCAUAUCUUCUUAUUUGAUUUGGCAGUGAUUGUAUGUAAAAGGAAAGGUGAUAAUUAUGAAAUGAAGGAAAUAAUUGAUCUUCAGCAGUACAAAAUAGCCAACAAUCCUACAACUGAUAAAGAAAAUAAAAAGUGGUCUUAUGGCUUCUACCUCAUCCAUACCCAAGGACAAAAUGGGCUAGAAUUUUAUUGCAAAACAAAAGACUUAAAGAAAAAAUGGCUGGAACAGUUUGAAAUGGCUUUAUCGAACAUAAGGCCAGAUUAUGCAGACUCCAAUUUUCAUGAGUUCAAGAUGCAUACCUUCAGCCGGGUUACAUCCUGCAAAGUCUGCCAGAUGCUCCUCAGAGGAACAUUUUAUCAAGGCUAUUUAUGUUUUAAGUGUGGCGCAAAAGCACACAAAGAAUGCUUGGGAAGAGUAGACAAUUGUGGCAGAAUUAAUCCUGCGGAACAAGGGACGCUCAAACCUCCGGAGAAAAGAACCAAUGGGCUCCGGAGGACACCCAGACUUGUGGAUCCAGGAUUACCAAAGAUGCAGGUCAUUAGGAACUAUACUGGAACACCACCACCAGCUCUGCUUGAAGGACCCCCACUACACAUCCAGGCAGGAGAUACAGUUGAACUUCUGAGAGGAGAUGCACACAGUCUGUUUUGGCAGGGUAGAAAUUUAGCAUCUGGAGAGGUUGGAUUUUUUCCAAGUGAUGCUGUCAAGCCUUGCCCAUGUGUGCCCAAACCAGUAGAUUAUUCUUGCCAACCCUGGUAUGCUGGAGCAAUGGAAAGAUUGCAGGCAGAGACUGAACUUAUUAAUAGGGUAAAUAGUACUUACCUUGUGAGACACAGGACCAAAGAGUCAGGAGAAUAUGCAAUUAGCAUUAAGUACAAUAAUGAAGCAAAGCACAUCAAGAUUUUAACAAGAGAUGGGUUUUUUCACAUUGCAGAAAAUAGAAAAUUUAAAAGUUUAAUGGAACUUGUGGAAUACUACAAGCAUCAUUCUCUUAAAGAAGGGUUCAGAACCUUGGAUACAACUCUACAGUUUCCCUACAAAGAACCAGAACUUUCAGCUGGACAAAGGGGCAACAGAGCAGGCAACAGCUUGUUAAGUCCCAAAGUGCUGGGUAUUGCUAUUGCUCGGUAUGACUUCUGUGCAAGAGAUAUGCGAGAAUUGUCCUUGCUGAAAGGAGAUGUUGUGAAGAUCUACACAAAAAUGAGUGCAAAUGGGUGGUGGAGAGGAGAAGUAAAUGGCAGGGUGGGCUGGUUUCCAUCCACAUAUGUGGAAGAGGAUGAAUAAAUUCCAACCCUGUAUUGCACCAGAAAUUUCCGAGACGAAAUUAACAGAAGUCUGCACAGCAUUCUAAAUUAACUGAAUUUUUUUUUUAAGCUACAUUUCUGGUGAUUCAACAGCCUCCCUCCUUCCCUCCUCCUAAGUCUUAAUGCUAGGAUUUCUAAAGAUGCUGGUACUGACAGAUUAAUAGCUUGCCUAGAGCUAUGCAAGAAAGAGCCUGCCAGUCUGUCAUUGUCAGGGACCUGGGCAAAGCCAAGAGCUUUUCAUCUCAAAAGAGCCCUGUGAUUACAUUGGUUUAUUUUUCCUUGUUACUUCAUCUAGCCAGACACCAUGAAUGCCAGUCAUUAGUAAAUAUUUAACACAUAUUUACUUUCUUCUCAUGCACCAUUCAGUAUUUUUUUGAUGGCACGAAGAGUCAGAAGUUUAAUUUGCCUUGCCCAGCAUGAGGAGAAAUUAGAGUUCUGCCCCUUGGAUAGCUUACUGGAGAAGUCCAGCAUUACUUGUCUUAAAUUGCCUCAGUAGGUGACUCAUUGUCAGGCAAACAUCUUACCUCCAGAUGUUACUUAUGAUAAAACAGAGAAGCAAAUGCUCAGGUUUGCCUCAUAAAUGUUCUAGCCCAGAGGGAAUUUAAUUAUCCAUUUGAUGUCCUGAUUAUAUUUACAAGCUUCUGUAUAGAGAUGAAAAGAACAACAUAAAAGAAACUGUCCUCAUAUUAAAGUUUUCACAACCUUCACAAUUCCAUAGACUUAUUUUGGAAAUCGAGUACCUCAUUUUAUGAAAAUAAUCUUGACUGGGCAUAGUGCAUGGUUGGUAGUUUCAAGUAAACUGACUUAAGUGGCAUUGUUUACAGAAACAAGGGCUAUGAUUUAUAGUAAGCUGUUUGACAGAAGCAACAUCUCAUAACAUAUUUCUUUUCCUCCUCCCCCUUCGUCCCUCCCACACACAAGAAGGUGUAGGGAAGCUUUGCUGACUUUCCAUAUUUUCCUAAAGUACUUGCUGUAACACCACAACUUUGCCAAGGAGUUUUGAAGGAAAGCACAGCUGAAGAUGGCCACCAGGCUACUCUGUCCUUCACUGCAGAUGCCUACCGUUUCUCUCUCAGGGCCUCCCCAUUGAAGGUCCUUUAUGGGUGUGUAUGAACUGUUAUGCAGAUCAGCAUCACAGUACAUUUAUUUGACCAAAUAUUUAGUUUGUAUGUGAGAAGCCUCAACAUGCUUCCCCUGGGAGCCACACAAUCCCCAGUCAAGACAAUCAAAUUAAGUAAGACACUAACUUGGCCCUUUCCUGAUAGAAUUCUUUUCCCCUGGUAGAAGUUGUGUUCCAACAAGGUUCAGAGAGUCUUUCAUAUUUGAAAUGAAAAACAAAAAAACAAAAAACAAGAUUAGAAGCAUUAAUUUAAUAGAGCCAAAUCAGAUGCAUUCACUCCUAAAAUGCUGGACCCUCUCUGAAAUGAGCUGUUGUAAAGAUUUACACAAAGAUGAGCGUGUCAAUGGCUGGUAGAGAGAGGUGAAUAGCAGGUGUGAUCUGCCUUGUCCCCAGGCCACAUUCAAGAACUUGACAUUCUGUGGACACAUCUCCCUGUAGAAACUCUGAAUGGGCUAGAACUUCUCAAGUAGGAAUAGAUUUCAGGACCUUUACCUCAGAACUAUGUAAACUGUGAUUGUGUUUUAGAAAAAAAUAUUUGCUAAAACAAGUUUUGUUUUGUAUAUGUGUAAAAUGAUCAUGAAAAUGAAUUUUAUGAAAUGUUCUGUAUGGAAAAGCUAUGCUUUCAAGCUGUACUCUUGGAGCAGAUUCUUUCUUAUAAAGUCUUAUCUGGGGCUGUGAGUCUCAGGAAUGUUUUGUCUGUUACUGUCAUCUAAAUGUUGUCAUAGAGAGAGCAGCUCCAGGCAAAUCAAAACACUCCUGUGUACAGUACUAUAGCUUGUACUGUUUGUUUUAUUAAUAUUUUAGCCAGUAGACUUCCUCCCUUGCAAGUGGUAUUUGGUCUUCUUGUUGCAUUUCAUGGACCAGGAAGCUUCCUAAUAGGAUAUUAGAGUUCCUUUUCAUGAUGUUACCAAUUACAUCUUUGUUAAUACUUCUAAUGGAAACUGUAAAUGCUGCGGAUUUGUGUAGAUUUCUAAUACCAAAGACAGAAGUAAAUGUCCUCCCAUAAGUUUUGUCUUCUCUAUAUGAAGCCCUUAUGUAAUAUGUUGAAUUAGAGUGAUAUUUCAUUUUGUAAUAUUUUGUAAAUAUGUCAAUACAAUAAAUAGUUACUACUUGUAUUAAAGUGAUUUUUCCAGAGUUGAA